CUGCGCGGCGGGGCGGCGCUCGUGCGGGGUCGCCGCGCGCGGCGCGGCCGCGCGGCGGCGCGGGGAUGCCGCCCGCUCGGAGGCGCAAGGCCGGGGACCAGGCCAGCGCCGCCGCGGGCGCAGGCUUCUUGGCGCGGUGCGCGAUCUUCAACCUCGUGCCGCUGGCGUACAUCGUUCUGGUCACCGGCAGGGUGCACGCGAACGCCGCCGCUGGCAUCCACGGGGACGAGGUGGCCACCUCGGUGCUGCCCCGCCUGGCGCUGCUGGCGUCCAUAUCGUGCGCCUACGCCGCCCUGGACCUCUGCGUCGCGCGGGGCCCGAGCUGGUUCCUGGGCCUGCAGGUCCUGCUGCAGCUGCUGGUGCUGCUCCUGUGCAUCGGGCAGGACGCCGUGGCGGCGCCGCCUCCGCAGGCCCCGCAGCUCGUCGCUGGGCCGGUCGCGCCGCCGCUGCCGCAGGCCGCGGCAGCCCCGCCGCUGCAGCUCCGAGGGUCGCCGCCCAGCGCUCCCGCCCUGGAUGCGGUCGAGCCCCCCACGAUCUCGGUGGUGCUUCCCUGCCUCAACGAGAGCGAGAACACAGUGCAGACCGUGCAGAGCUUCUGUGACCGCACCCCCGCGGACGUCCUGCAUGAGAUCAUCGUCGUCGACGACGGCUCCAGCCCCCCCCUGGAGAUCAUUCUCAGGCAGCAGAUCCCAGAGCGCUGCAAGCUGAAGGUGCUCCGACACACCAAACCGUACGGCCUAAUGAUAGCGAAGCAGACCGGCGGUGACGCGGCGGUCGGGCGGUUCAUCGGCUUCUACGACUGCCACGUCGCGCCCUCCAAGACUUGGUACAUAGAGACCAUCAAGCUCUUGGAGAAGAGCGAUAAGCGGAUGGUGGUCCCGAUGAUAGGCGACUUGAACAUAUCUAGCUGGGACGAGAAAGUUAAUGGCGCCUUGACAGCCAAGUGCUACAUCAACCUGGGAACUGCUGACUUCUGGUGGUACGACGACGACUCGGACUGGAUACCGAUCAUCAGCGGCGGCCUGGUGGCCACGACGCGCAAGUGGUGGCAGUUCUCCGGCGGGUUCGACGGGGACAUGCGCGGGUGGGGCGGUGAGAACUCCGACCAGUCGCUCACGGCCUGGCUGUGCGGCGGGGACAUCGUCAGGGCCAAGACGAGCACCGUCUCGCACAUGUGGCGCGUGUCCGGCGACAAGAGGACCAGGGCGAAGUUCCACACCCACUUCCCUGGCGUGGACAACAUGGCGCGAGUAGCGGCCGGCUGGUUCGACGAGUGGAUGCCGAAGUUCCGCCAGGGCAGCGUCAUGAACGGCAGAACGAACGCGUCCACUAUCCUCGAGAGAAGGAAGAGAAUGGGCUGCAAGCCGUUCGCCUACUUCCUCCACCGCUUCAGAAAGAUUUACCUGGACAGCGGUAUGCUGCCGGCCAAGGUGUUCAAGAUCCGCCUGAAGGAGGACUCCACAAACGGUCGCGAGGAUCGGUGCAUCCACAGGCACGGUAGGAUCUACCGCCUGGCACCGUGUUCUCAGGGAUCCUGGUUCCACGAGGCCAACUGGGUGCCCGCCGACUUCCCGCUGGCGGACGACCUCGACGCGGGCGUCGCGUCUGGCGGCUCGUCUCGCCCGGACGGCGAGUUCGUGACGUGCGGGGGGCACAAGGCGCCCUCCUGCGGCGAGUGCCCCCAGGGCAACGGCGAGGGCUGGUGCCACGUGGAUUGCACCUGGGUCUUCGGCCAGUGCAUAGAGAAGGCAGCCUACCUGAGGCGCAUGGCGCAGCGGAAGACGCCGAAGUGCUGCUCGGGGAUCCGGGAGUGGAACGCCCUGGAGUGCUUCGACACCAUGGACGCGCACGGGCCCACGGCGUACCAGUGCGACGUGACGGGCAAGAACAAGAACCAGCAGUACAUCUUCGACAGCCAGGGCCGGAUAAGGCAUCAGGGUGGGAAGUGCCUCAACGCGGACGCCGACCGUGAGAAGGCCCUGGCCGGCGACUGCGAGGGGGGGUCGCGCUGGGCGAAGGACGAUGAGUUUGUGCCCGAGGAGACCACCCUGUACCACGAGGCCGUGAGGCGGCUGGGGUACUCGGAGGACAGCCCGGACCACUGAGCGUGCGCCUGGCUUCCUCGCCCCUCGUUGUCUCGUUGCCUCGUUGCCUCGUUGCCUCGUUGCCUCGUUGCCUCGUUGCCUCGUUGCCU